AUGCACGAGUCUGGUGAGAAGCUCAAUGAGCACACUUGCUCUUGUAUUUUGCACUUAGUGGAAGAUGACCUAGGUAUUGGGGAGCAGGUCCAUGCUUUGGCUACUAAAAUAGGCAUUGAGAACAAUGUUGCUGUUGGCACUUCUUUAGCUUCCAUGUAUGCGAGUAAUGGCCGAAUUGAAGAUAUGGAGUUUUUGUUUAGGGAAAUGGAUGAUAUUCAUAUCUGGUGCUUGAAUUCAUUAAUCUUGGAUUGCAAGAAGAAUAAAAAUUGGAGCAUAUUCAAAGAUGGGAUAUUUGAUGGGUUUGCCAAGAUUUUUGAACUGGGUCUUGGUUUUGAUUCUAGUUAUUUGAGUAUAGUGCUUGAUGUCUGUUCUCAGUACUAA